AUGGCCGAAAACUCGCUCUUGAAGUUCAUCGCUAAGAACAAGGUGGCCAUCCUUGCAACGGUCUCUGCGGGGACCGCUGCCGUGGGUGCUUAUGCCUACUACAAACAGCUCAAGCAACGGGAGCAGCAGCAAUUGAAAGGCACGAAGAACCGGCGACGCCCGGGGGAGACCUUCACCAGCCAGAACGAAGACGAGGUGAGCUUGAAGGACGACGGCAGCAUCACGAGUGGGAGUAGGAAGAGGAAGAAGAACAAACGGAAAAGAAAGAAUAAGCCCAAGCUGGCGGAAAGCUUUGAAUACCCCCUCCUGUCCGAUGGCGAGCCUGAUAUGGCACAAUUGAGAGGCCUGCCGCUUUCUCAGAGGCAGGAAUAUGCUGUGCAGUUGAAGGACAAAGGUAACCAUUUCUUCACCUCCAAGAACUUUGAUGACGCCAUUAAGUACUACCAACAUGCGAUCGAACUGGACCCAAACGACCCAGUUUUCUAUUCCAACAUGUCUGCCUGCUACAUCUCCACGGGCGACCUGAAUAAGGUCGUGGAGUACACGACAAAGGCACUCGAAAUAAAGCCCGAUCAUUCCAAAGCGCUGCUAAGGCGUGCAUCUGCCAACGAGUCGCUGGGCAACUUCACCGAUGCUAUGUUUGAUCUUUCUGUUCUGUCACUGAAUGGGGAUUUUGAUGGCGCCUCCAUUGAGCCCAUGCUGGAAAGAAACUUAAACAAACAAGCAAUGAAGGUGUUGAAUGCAAAUCUUUCCAAGAACAGCGGCGACAGGGGCUCGGAAAUAUUGCCGUCAAACACGUCUCUAGCCUCGUUCUUUGGGAUCUUUGACCCUGAUUUGGAAAUUUCUCGUGUGAGCUCUAUCUCACCACCUGACACUGCUCAUGACAUGUUGUUGGAGGCCUUGCAAAGAUUAUACUCCGCCACCAGUGAAGGUUAUUUAAUAGCAAACGCUCUUUUCACCAAGGCCACUGAUGCAUAUCAUUCCUUGCUUUCUGCUAGUAGAGUAGACGGCGCCAUAAGAGGAAAUGCAGCACUGGCCUUCUGCUACAAAGGUAUUUUCCAAUUUUUGAAAAAUGACCUGCUAGAUGCUCAAGCUCUUUUACAAGAAUCUAUUAACUUGCACCCGACGCCAAAUUCGUACAUAUUCAUGGCGUUGACUUUAGCCGACAAAGAGAACUCUCAAGAAUUCUUCAGCUUUUUCCAGAAAGCCAUCGAUUUGGAUCCUGAGUAUUCACCCACUUAUUACCACCGUGGGCAAAUGUAUUUCAUCCUGCAAGAUUACGUCAAUGCCAAAAUGGAUUUUCAAAAGGCUCAAAGCUUGAACCCUGGAAACAUUUACCCUUACAUUCAAUUAGCCUGUCUGCUGUACAAACAGGGCAAGUUUAGUGAAUCUGAGAAACUUUUCAAUGAGACAAAAUUGAAGUUCCCUACCUUGCCCGAAGUACCCACUUUUUUCGCUGAGAUCUUAACUGAUAAAGGCGAUUACAACACCGCGAUCAAACAAUAUGAUAUCGCCAAACGGUUACAAGAAGUACAAAGAAAAAUACAUGUAGGAAUCGGACCUUUGAUUGGUAAGGCUACUAUCUUAGCUAGGCAAUCUACCCAAGACCCGACUCAAUUAGAUGAAGAAAAGUUUAAUAUGGCCAUCGAGCUAUUGACAGAAGCUUGUGAUUUGGAUCCAAGAUCCGAACAAGCCAAGAUCGGCUUAGCGCAGUUAAAAUUGCAGAUGGAAAAAAUUGAUGAUGCCAUCGAGUUAUUUCAGGAUUCGGCAACUUUAGCAAGAACCAUGGACGAAAAACUGCAAGCAACCACAUUUGCUGAAGCUGCAAAAAUACAAAAACGUUUGAGAGCAGAUCCAAUUAUUAGCGCAAAGAUGGAACAGACCUUAGCUAGUUAUAGGGCUAACGGCAUGAUUUAG